AUGUCGACCCGACCUUCCUCGUCCCUGACGGGUCACGCGACACCAAUGGAGCCUCGAAAACCCACCACCAGAACGGUGCAACGAAAGGUCUAUGGCAAAAGACGCAAUAAUGCACCAAGAGCUGUCUUUGAGCAGAAGAGCCCGGCAAGAGUAAAUCUUGCUUCCACAAAUAUGGAUGACAGUGUCGAGGCUCUUCAGACGAAGCUGGCUAAGGUGUCAAUCAAUGACGAGGACCCUCAGCAGUACGAUACAGCAGCGAAGGCGGACGAGGCCAAGCAAGGCACGACAACCGAGGUCGGAUCAUCAAACGAGAAAGCGGCCAGCCCAGCAACUACGCCCGAAUCUCUUGACUCUUCCUGUGAACACUCGUCGACCGAAGCGCCGCCGACCAAACCAAAAAACUACGAGACAAUGGUGGAAGUUCGAAUCUGCCGCCAAUCCGGAAAGAAGGCAUCAAAAACUCAACAGAAAAAGGAGGAUAUUCCGGCUACAGAAAUGAGAACACCGAGAAAGAAGAAAUUUCAACCCACCGGGCGAAGAUCAUCCGGGUUCUUCCACGACACCAAAGCAAACGCCUACGUCCGCCCCAUCCUCAACGAAGCCCUCUCCCCGAUUGCAUCCCAAAGCAUCCAGAAGUUCAGCACAUGGGCCUCCCGCUCCGCAACAAUGUUCCACGUUGCCAAACUCGCCGAAGGCUCCUACGGCGAAGUCUACAAACUCCACCUCCGCGACGAAUCCUCCCGACCCCCCGUCUCCAAGUCCAAAUUAGCCAGACUCCGUGCAUACGGCGACGGUGUCUUUAAGGUGGUUCCGCUCUGCGCACAACGCGGACCGCGCUCGAAGAAGUUCACUUCUGUUGCGGAAAUUGUCUCCGAGGUCAAGAUGCUGAAGUAUUUGGAUCCGAUUCCGGGGUUUGCGCGGUUCAGGGAAAUUCAUGUUGUGCAGGGGCGGUUUCCGGAGUCGUUCCAAAAUGCGUGGGAAGAUUAUAAGGAGAGGAAUGACGAUUGUUGGAAUCCAGAUCCGUCUAGUAAGAAGGCGUAUCCGGAUACUCAGAUGUGGGCUAUUAUUGAGAUGGAUGAUGCCGGGUGUGAGUUGGAGAAGUUUUGUUGGUCUUCAGUUUUUCAGAUCUACGAUAUCUUUUGGGGUGUGGCGAUGGCUUUGGCCCGGGCUGAGGAAUAUGCCAUGUUCGAGCAUCGCGAUCUUCACUUGGGCAAUGUUUGUAUCCGGUCCACUCGGCCAGAUGGCAACAUGGAACCACCAACGGAACUCGAUAUUGCUCGCCACGGUUCGGCUAGCGGCUUUGGACACAGCCGCCUCGAGACCACCAUCAUUGACUACUCGCUCUCCCGCGCUGGCCUACGUCUAGCUGAUCUACCGGAUGACCCAGAGGGUGUCGUAGAGAUUACAUCGUCCGAUCUAGACAAGCGCCAGAUUUUCGAUGCAAUCGGCCAAGAUGAGGAUGAGGCUCUGCUGAGAGACACAUAUCGCUAUAUGCGGGCAACAGUCUACACUGGCAUCCCGACUGAAACAGAGGAAACCCCCGACGUCCCAGGUAUCUGGGCCGAGUACGCGCCGCGCACGAAUCUCGUCUGGCUGCUCUUCCUACUCAAGAAUCUCUUGAAGAACCGCAAGCCCGAGCCAACAAUCCCUACUGCCCAGCCAGAACGGAAAGCUCUUGCGACUUGUUCGCCCAACCGAGUAAUGAUGAGCCCGCAGGCAAAGGGCAAGCCGCUUAAGAUGAAAGAUAUCAGCUUGGAAGGUGAUCUUGUUAGGAAGCGACAAACCAAGGACAUUCAAGCCCGAGUCUCACAGCUUAAACGAACUCUCGAGGAUAGACUGAAGUUUGUCCUUGACCUCUUGGAUCUCGAGCACGGUCACGAGGAUAUGUGCUGCGCAGCUGAUCUGGUUGCUUACGCGAUGGACUCGCAGUGGCUUUCUGAACAAGACUUUUUCUAA